CUUGUGAGCGCUGCCUCGCUCGUCCGAAUUCGGUGGCGCCACGUCCGUCGGUCUCCGCCUCCUGCACAGCGGCUGCGCUCCGACUUUCCCUGGCCGGGCCGCUCGGCCGAGGAGCGCGGGGGUGGACACGGGAGGACGCGCGGCGCUGCGCAGCCGGCCACCUGACGGGUGACCAUGUCGGACAUCGGGGACUGGUUCAGGAGCAUCCCGGCCAUCACGCGCUACUGGUUUGCUGCCACCAUCGCGGUCCCUCUGAUCGGCAAGCUCGGUAUCAUCAGCCCGGCCUACUUCUUCCUCUGGCCCGAAGCCUUCCUCUACCGCUUCCAGAUAUGGAGGCCAUUCACUGCCACCUUCUAUUUCCCCGUGGGUCCAGGAACUGGAUUUCUUUAUUUGGUCAAUUUAUAUUUCUUAUAUCAGUACUCUACACGGCUUGAAGCAGGAGCUUUUGAUGGGAGGCCAGCAGACUAUUUAUUCAUGCUCCUCUUUAACUGGAUUUGCAUCGUGAUUACUGGCUUAGCAAUGGAUAUGCAGCUGCUGAUGAUUCCUCUGAUCAUGUCAGUGCUCUAUGUCUGGGCCCAGCUGAACAGAGACCUGAUUGUGUCAUUUUGGUUUGGAACACGAUUUAAGGCCUGUUAUUUACCUUGGGUUAUCCUUGGAUUCAACUAUAUCAUUGGAGGCUCGGUGAUUAAUGAGCUCAUUGGAAACCUCGUUGGACAUCUGUAUUUCUUCCUGAUGUUCAGAUACCCAAUGGACUUGGGAGGAAGGAACUUCCUGUCCACACCUCAGUUUUUGUACCGCUGGCUACCCAGCAGGAGAGGAGGGAUGUCUGGGUUUGGUGUGCCCCCUGCUAGCGUGAGGCGAGCUGCUGACCAGAAUGGUGGAGGCGGGAGACACAACUGGGGCCAGGGCUUCCGACUUGGAGACCAGUGAGGAGCAGUCCCUGGCCUGCCCACCAGCCAAGCGAAGCCGAUGACAGUGCCCUCCCAGUGCCGGGCCCGCUUAACGGCCAAGUUUUCGCUGCCGCUCUUGGACCUGACCCACGCUGAAUGUAGUCUUUCAGUACAAGAUGAGAUUUUUAACCCUGAAGGAAAAUACAAGUGUUGCUCAAGUUUCAUGCUUCCCAUUCAAGUCCUUACUGCUGUGAAGAACAAAUAUCAGCUGUGCAGAUUUCAAAACCGACUCAUUUGCUGGUGUCUUCUCUUCUUCCCUUUCUGUCUGAAUAAUGGGCUGGCCAAGUGGGGUUGCUUAGCCAAGCCCGGUCAGAGGGUCCCUUCCACUUUCUCACAUGCGUCCCCAGAGUUGCAGCUAGAGUUGUUCCCAGAAUGGUUUUGCCUUUGACAAACUCUUAUUUAUUGACUUUUGCCAAAGCUUGGUCACAAAGAGCUUGUUGACACUUGGUUCUCAGCUGUUACUGGCGGGACUGUAACAGUAGGGAGAAGACUGGAGCAGCGGAUGAAGAGUUUUCUCAGCUGUGGGGACUGUAUCAGCCUGACAGCAGCGCAGCCAUUUGCCGCCGCCUCAGACAUUUUUAUAGAAAAAGCACCACUGAGUCAGUGAGGGCCCAGACUGGAAUAAUGCGGUUUAGGGGUUGUUGCCAGCCUCUUUUCUCCAGCUAAGCCAAGUGAUCAGAGCCAGAGCAGAAUCGCUCUAACAGAGUGGGUUAUCCCUGAUCUCUCUGUGUUUCUUCCAUGGGGUGUACUGGCUUUGUGUACCCAGAGCAGUUGUGGUGUGCUGUGUUGUGUUAGGUUCCAAAUCACCUUGGCCAGACAGUUGUCCCUGAAGGGAGGCCAGCCUCAGGGCAUUGAUUCCGUUUCCUCCUCAUUGAGGGCGUGUGUUCAUUGAGUCAGUGGAGGAGAGUGUCAGACUUUUACAUUUUUCUUCCAUUGUGUUUGUCCCUUAACUUUUGGUUAAGUGUUUUAUAUGGCGAGGGAAGUACAGCUCUUUGGAUGUGUGUCAAUCAGUUUUUAAGGCUAACAGGCACACCUGCCUGUGUUAGUCACGUGGAAUUAGAAGUUCACUAGCUUUAGAAUUAUCCCUGUCUCUAUUGUCUUGGGUCUUGCAUGUAUACACUUUGUGAAUCGGCCCUACUCCCUUUUUAUAGGUGGGCUUUUGCCUGCUGAGCUCAGUUCAUCACUAAAUAAAGUUUUCUGAAGGCUACAGUGCUUUACAUAGUUACUUUAUGCUUUUAUUCUGAAAGCAGACUGCUGGGAGCAGUGUCGUAUGGCCGCUACACUUUGAAUGCUGUCAAAAGGUUUCUGACAUUUCGGUUGGUUCCUUGCAGGAAAUGGCCCUAACAGUAUGACUUGUCUUUCUCUGAGCAUUAAAACUAUGAUGUAUUUAUAUUAGGAAGUGGGAGUUUGAAAAAGAGCUCCCUUUUCAUAAGUUUGUGUGCCUCUCCAUAUUUAAUUUAUAUGAUAAACUUUUGGGUGGAGAGAGGCUGAACCUAGACUCUCUGGCUUUCCUGCUGACCUGAGGCUGUGAUAACAUGUGUUUGUAAAAUUCCAGACGCCACUCUCCCUGUACCAUUGUACAUCUGUCGCUGUGCAAGGUGGAGGCCGGAACACAGAAAGGGCUCUACCAGGGAGCGAGAUCCUUCCAUGCUCUCUUACCAGGCUGGCUCCUGAGAGCACUGGUUGUUCUAAGGGGUCUGCAGGUGUGUAGACUUUCCUGUUCAAGGCAAAACGUUGAUUAGGGUUUUCCUCCUGGACAUGGUUAGGAAGCUGAUAAUUUUAUUUUCUUGCCUGGAUUACCAGUACUCCCUGGAUAGUUUUACCAAAGCAAGCUGUUUGAGUUUUGACUUAACAAGGUAAGACAUCACAAUGGGUUCUCUUUAUGAAUGUGAAAAAAACAAAACAAAACAAAACAAAACACAAAACCUAUUUUGUACAGACAGCUUUCGGUUUUGUAACUAAUCCUUUUUACUGGUAAAUAUUGUAAAUUAAAAUGUGCAACUUGAA